CCGCCAUGCCGCGGUACUGCGCCGCGUCCAACUGCAAGAACCGGGGCGGGCAGAGCUCCAGGGACCAGCGCAAGCUGAGCUUCUACCCAUUUCCGCUUCAUGAUAAAGAGAGACUUGAGAAAUGGCUGCGGAAUAUGAAACGAGAUUCAUGGACUCCAAGUAAGCACCAGCUCCUGUGCAGUGAUCAUUUUACCCCCGAUUCCCUUGAUGUGCGAUGGGGUAUACGAUACUUGAAACAUACUGCUGUACCAACUAUUUUCCCUUCCCCAGAUGAUAAGGAAAAAGACUCUUCUCGGAACACCCCACAAGAGGUAAAGAGACAAGGCCUGGAAGAAACAAAUAAAAAUGUAGAGUCAGAAAAGGCAUUUCCAUCACUUGAACUUGGUACAUCAAAGAAAAAUUCUGUAAUUGCAGAAAAUAUAGAUGAACAAGCACAAGUAGUUUGCUCAACUUCAUUGAGUCAACCUUUAAAAAUUCAAAAACUGCAACUUCAAAGUGGACAAGAGUUUCAGGCAGAGAGUGUCAUUCUUGAUAAUUCAUCUGAGCAGCAUAUACAUCGACCUAAUCCCGUUUUGUUGGCAGCAACAGUCCAGGGCGUGGAAGCUACAAGAGUUCAUGCUGCUGUAGAGAGUCCAAUGGGUUGUACAGCUACAGUCUUGCAAUUUACAGACCCUGACUACUUGAGUUCAUCUCUGAAACUGAAAGAUGCUUUAGGUUCGAUUACUGACUAUGCAAUUGAAAAUCCUAACUCUCAUGUUGUAGGCUGUUCUGUCGAAGUACGGUCAACAAGUGAAAACACAGUUUUGCUGAACACAGUCACACAAACUAUUGAACAGUUCAGUGGAAGUGAAGAAUCUGUCAUUGCAAUCAUUGUGCCAGCCGAGAGCCCAGAAGAGCCUGAAAUAGUUGACAGUUCUUUCUUGCCUGUUAAGCAAGAGUUUCCUGACACACAGAAGACAGAAACAGAUAAACCUGUAUUUAUGAAUGCGUAUGGUGGAAGUGAAGUAUUACAAAUUGAGCAUUCAUACUGCAAACAAGACGUAGACAGAGAUCAUCUUUGGCAAAAAAUUUCAAAGCUCAACUCUAAGAUCACUCUGCUUGAAAUGCAGGAGAUAAAAACUUUGGGGAGACUCAGAUCCUUGGAAGCUCUUAUUGGACAACUGAAGCAAGAAAACCUGCUUUCUGAAGAAAAGCUCAAGAUUGUAGAAAACUGCUUUACAACACUUGAAGUGACAAUGAUACAGUAAAGGCUUUAAAUGAUUGUUCUGAAAUACCUUUUUAGCCUCUUUGAUUGUAUGUUUUUACAAAUUAACUUUCGUUUCAGUCAUGGCAUUUUAAGUAUCUAAUGCAAAUUGUGUGAGUAGCAAAUAUUCUUUGAAACGUUGCAUCGACCACUACCAAAGCUAGGUUGUAAAAUAUUGCCUAUAAAACGUGUCUUACAAGUAAACU